UUGUGUGGAGCAGCUGAGAUCUUCUGGAGUCACUUUAAGGUUCAAACGGAGCUGAAACAGCAGCAGGAAGCAGGACAAUCAUGAUGUCGCCAGACGACCGAGUCCUGGAGGAGCUGCUGUUCUCCGGUCACCUUGGCGACCAGGCGGACGGAGACGGAGCCGGAGCCCAGCCGGGCGGCGGCGGCGGUCCGGCGGGGACGGAGGAGGAGAGCGCCGCGGCCAGCGAGAGUGCGGUGGCGGUGGCGGUCCAGCAGCCGAUGACGUGCGGCGGCUGCAGCCAGCAGGUGGCGGACCGUUUCUUCCUGCUGGCGGCGGGUAGCGUGUGGCACGCCGUCUGUCUGCGCUGCAGCUACUGUCACUGUGAGCUGCAGACUCACAACUCGCUCUACUGGAGGGACGGCAGCAUCUACUGCCAGCAGGACUACUGCAGGAUGUUUGGCGGUGGUCAGUGCGCUCGCUGCUUCCAGCCGAUCCCGGCCUCGGCGCUGGUCAUGAGGUCUGGAGAUCUCACCUUCCACCCUCACUGCUUCUCCUGCCAGGAGUGUGACGUGACGUUGAUCCCAGGGAACCUUUACUGCAUGCAGGGCCAGAACCUCUACUGUCAAUCACAUUAUCACCAUGACGACAGCGGGAACGUCCCGCCUCCAAACCUGCAGCCUAAAGCCGGAGUCAAAGAAGCUCAGAACCAGAACCAGAACCAGAACCAGGUCUCCUGUGAGGGGGAGGAGUCUGUCAGCAGCUCUGAGACGCGAUUGGACGACCGUGUGGCGGGGGGGCGGACCCGCCGGCGGACCAAACGGAUCCGGACGUGUUUCCGCAGCGAGCAGCUCCGAGCGCUGGAGGCGUACUUCGCCCAGAAACACAACCCCGACGGGAAGGACUGGAACUGCCUCGCUCACAAGACCGGCCUGCCCAAGAGAGUCCUGCAGGUGUGGUUUCAGAACGCUCGGGCCAAACUGAGGCGUUCGCUGACCGCCGACGACUCUCAGGUCAGCUCGCCGUCCGCCCCGCUGAGAGGCGUUACCAUGGCGCCCGGCUCCCCAACCGACCAUUCACAGCACUACUCCUCCACCAGCACCAUCGACCACCUGCAGCUGUCUCUGCUCACGGCGCCGCUCAGCGAGCCGCCGCUCAGCCCCGCCCCCAGCCAGCUGACAAGGAGCCCCGCCUUCUUCCUGGACUACGACUCCCAGAGUGCACCGGGGUGCGUCUCCUCCCUGGAGGCCUUCGAUGACUUUGGAGAGGCGGGAGGAGGAGGAGGAGGAGCGGAGGGAGACGAUGAUGCUGAUAGUUCUUUUAGACAUUACUGCUAGUCCAGAGUCUGUGAGUAGAAACAGCUUUUCAAAAUAAGAGCACCACUUACAGUUAUAAUCCUUUAAGGCCGUUGGAAGAGCUAGGGGAGCGGGGGCGAAAAACAACAAAUUAUGAUUAAAAAACACUCACAAAUUUACCAAAAAAAAUACUGAAUUUACCAGAAAACCUCACAAAUUUACACACAAAAAAAAUACAGGAAAAACUCACAAAUUUACACACAAAAAAAUACAGGAAAAACUCACAAAUUUUAUA